AUGCAGGGGAGGAGGGCGCGCGUGGGGGAGAGGGCGCGCGCGCUCGGCGGCAGUGGACUGCAGCGGCAACAGCCAGCGGCGGAGCCAAGCAGCACACGAGUGCGCAGUGCGGGGAAGAGGAUGGCCAGGGGCGCGAGGCCGCUGUGGGCACGGCCUGCUAUGCGGGUAGCCGCAGAGGGGGACCUGCACGGGCGAGGGCGCUGGGGGCCCGCGUGUAAGUGGCCCAGGGGGAGGUUGCGGGCGCCGGGCGAAACGGGCACCGGGCGCCGCGGGUGUACCCGGCCGGGCGCCGGAGCAGGGCAGGCCGGUGGCCGCGGCGCCGGCCAGGUGGCCGGAGCGGCGAGGAAGCGGCACAGCGAGGCCACGGCAACCAGUGGCGCGCGGGCGGGUGCGGUGGCGCGGCCGCGGGAGGAGGAGAAGGCGGAGGCGAGGCGCGGUAGUGGCGGUGGAGGCAGGGUCGGCGGCGGGUGUCAGGGCGGUAGCAGCAAGGCAGCGCAGGCGCGGGCGGACGCAGGGGGGCCCGAGCGGGGAGGUUCGGCGGGGGUGGACGCGAGCGGCGCAAGGCGGGAGCAGCAUACGGGCGCCGGGUGGCGACGUGCAGGCGGGAGCAGCAGGCAGGGGAGGACGGCGCGCGCGGGGGAGAGGGCGCGGGCGCACGGCGGCUGGGGACAGCAGCGGCAACAGCCAACGGCGGAGCCAAGCAGCACACGAGCGCGAAGCGCGGGAAAGAGGAUGGCCAGGGGCGCGAGGCCGCUGUGGGCGCGGCCUGCUGUGCGGGUAGCCGCAGAGGGGAACCUGCACGGGCGAGGUACGGCGAGCACGAGGCGGCCCCAUCGCGGGGAGCGGGCUAGGCGCGGUGAGACGGAGCUCCGGGCGCGGUGA